CCUCAGGAAAACAGUCGCCUCCAUCCUCCCAUGAUCUCUCUCCUCUCUUCCCCCGCUCCAUAGAAUCCCUCAACGUCACAGCAGUCCUUCCUACAAGUUGGGCAACGACGGAACAUCGUGAAAAGUGGACAAGUUGCUGCAUGGAUUUACGGGAGUUGCGUCGACAAGAUCCAGAAUGCUGAAACCAGAAUGGAUCCUCCAGGUCAUCUGAGACAGUGUCAGUGUGUCCUCCCUGCUCUCCCUCCUUUGUGGUCCUCUCGUCCCCGAGCCUCAUACCACGGGGAACCGUCUGCCUCCUCCUCUCCUGACAGCAGCCCCCCUGUAACGGCGUAGAGGUGGAUUAGCGACCCUGUAAAUAUGCCUGGAUGGAGGUCUCAGUGCCGUCUCGUCCUGCUGAACUCCCUGACCUGCGGCCUGGAGAUCUGCGUGGCAGCUGGGAUCACAUACGUGCCCCCCCUGCUUCUGGAGGCUGGGGUAGAGGAGCAAUACAUGACCAUGGUGCUAGGUAUCGGCCCAGUGUUAGGUCUCAUCUUCAUCCCUGUGAUUGGCUCAGCCAGUGACCACUGCAACAGCAGCUAUGGCCGCCGUCGGCCCUUCAUCUGGCUGCUGUCCCUGGGUGUCCUCCUAGCCCUCCUCAUCAUCCCCCAUGCCGACCUGCUGGCUGCCUACUUCACCUGGGGCGGACGCACCCUAGAAGUGGCCUUCCUCAUCCUCGGGGUGGGCCUGCUUGACUUCUGUGGCCAGGUGUGCUUCACGCCGCUAGAGGCGCUCCUCUCGGACCUGUACCGCGACGAGGAGGACUGCAACCAGGCCUUCGCCAUGUUUUCCUUUAUGGUUAGUCUCGGAGGCUGCGUGGGCUACCUGCUGCCUGCGCUGGACUGGAGCCGGGGCCUGCUGUCCGUCUACCUGGGCGGCCAGGCAGAGUGCCUCUUCUUCAUGCUCAUCCUCAUCUUCGUGAUCAGCGUGCUGAUCACCAUGAAGGUGUCGGAGGAGCCACCGUGUGCUGGUGUGGCGGCCCUGGAGCCAGCUCCUCUCCUGGCGGCGGGCCGCUGCGGCAUUCCACGCUCCUGCUGCUACCUGCUCAAAUGCAAACUGCGGCUGCUCAAGUCGGGCCCGCUGCUGUGCCUGCUGAGGACGUUCUGGUCCAUGACGCCAGCCAUCUACCGCAGCUACUGCCACGUGCCCCAGGUAAUGAGGCAGCUGUGCAUGGCCCAGCUCUGCAGCUGGAUGGCCGUCAUGUCCUUUAUGCUCUUCUACACAGACUUUGUGGGGGAGGGGCUGUAUGAGGGCGUGCCCAGUGCCGCUCCCGGAACCGCCUCCAGGCAGCGCUACGACGACGGCAUCCGUAUGGGCAGCCUGGGCCUGUUCCUGCAGUGUGCUACCUCUACUGUCUUCUCCCUGCUCAUGAGCCGACUGGUCCGCCAUUUUGGCUCGCGCCGGGUCUACCUAAGCAGCAUGGUGAGCUUCACCAUCUCUGCCCUGGUCAUCUGUAUGUCCAAGAGUGUGGUCCUGGUCACCGUGAUGUCGGCUCUGACCGGCUUUGCCUAUGCCACGCUACAGACGCUGCCGUACACCCUCACCUGCCACUACCACAAGGAAAUGGAGGUUUACAUGCCAAAAAAGAAAACAAAAAACUUGCUUAAGUACGGGAUUGUGAUCAAGCAGGACUCGAUCACGCAUUUGACACCCGUGGCUGAGGAGGGGGGGCUGGCCCACAAACUGGGGGGCAACAACGGGCAUGCCUUCUUCAGCCAAGACGGCUCAGACUACUACCCCCCUCCCCAAGGCCAGAAUGGGUCGUCCCACAAAGCCACGGGCCCCGAGCAGGAUGAGCCAGAGGGCUACGAGAAGCGCGGCGUAGGGUUGGACUUUGCCAUCCUGGAUAGCACCUUCCUCCUCUCUCAGGUCUUUCCCACUCUCUUCAUGGGCAUGAUCGUUCAGUUCACAAAGUCCGUCACUGCCUAUAUGGCCUCCUCCGCCAUCUUUGGCAUCAUCGCCAUCUAUCUGGCCAACCACAUCAUCUUUGACCAAAAGGACCUCAAGAGCUGAAAGAACCAGGAACCAAGAGUGAAGGAAUGCAUCCCUGUCUGCACUACCACUCCCUGCGCUUGCAACGCUCCAGUGUCUUCGCUGACCGUUGCCAUGGCAUUACCAAUGGAUUGCAAUGAGGCAGCCCGUUUAUACGUUUGUGUGUAUGUAUGCGGCAGGAAUGAAAGGAAAAUGUAUACCCAUGACAAUUGUUCCCUCCAGAAUUUACUGCAGCUAGUUACUGUGUCUAAAAGAGAGAGACUGUGUCUGUGUAUUUAGAGUGUCUCUCACCUUGUUCCUCUCAGACACGUAGAUGGCCUCUCAGAAGGGUCAUUUCUCCUUCUCCUCAGGUACAGCUAGCUUCACAGCAUGAGCGGACUCCAUCGGCCCUUAGACAACUGGAAUACAGAUUUAUUACCAUUUCACUCUCAUCUAUGUGAGGAGUUUGUCAAUGCUAUAUAUUUAAAACAGUCUGCUGUUAGGGCUGGAUUCAAUCCGUAAUGUGGAAGAUCUGUGUUAAAAUGUCAAAUGUAAUUUCCGAAUAAGCCGACAGCAUUUACCGUGAAUGCAGUACGCGGGAAUGCGGGAACAUUGCCUAUAACGUGGAUCUUCCGCGAUACUUCUGCAAUAUGGAUCGAAUCCAGCCCUUAGUCAAAGUCAACAGGAGAUUAUUGCCCACUUCUCAUGCAGACUGGCCAAGAGAGAAAAAUACCCAAUCUGGAGAGCCCAUCACCUGCUUGGGAAAGGAUCUGGGCUCACAUAGCUCCAUGCUGCUAAUGUAGGGGCAUUUCUGUCUGUUUGUUAUUCUCAGCCAGGUUGUGCUUGCAGUCAUAAUGGGUGGAUUAUGCAUUGCUUACUGAAACAUACAUGUUAUCACACACGUGAUAAGUCCAAUGAGACCAUUGGACUUGUUCGUCAAGAAACUGCAAAUAGAAAAAUUGGGAAUAACUGGGGUAACUGGCCCCUAGGCUAACUGGCCCCUAGUUUUGGAUGGUUUUUGAUAAUAAACAGGUUUACUGUAUAUAUUUUGGAUAUGAAUUCAUAUAUUUAUAUUCCUAUGGGAAUUUCUUAUGCAACCUGUUUGGGUGAGGUCAUCUGUGGAACUGUGGUGUUGUUAGAAUGAAGUGGCUCAAUGGCAUCAUUGCAUUUUUGUUUUGAAGUCUGUCAUCACAGGAUAGUCACCUCUUUUCUAGAAAUUUCAGACAGUGCCAUAUUGUGCUAUUUAUUACAUCAUUUCUACUGCCAUUAUCACGUUCAAUCUGAAAUGACACUAGGAAAGUAAAUGAGGUGAAUUAACCAAUGCUGUAAAAAAUUCAGGUGCACUUCUUUUUGGAAACUCAAUUAAUAUUCCCAUGAGCAAAAUACCAAAAAGUCAUACUAGCAACACUGCAGUGUUACAGUGAACUGGGUUACUGAAAAUAGUUUUGGUAUGCAAGAUGACAGUUUUUUGUGUUCUGUCAUAUUUUUUAUGCUUUUCUCUGUGUAUUGUACAUCUCUUUUGAAGGUCAACAUGGGUCUGUGAAAAGGUGUGUGUGUGUGUUUUUUGUUGUUGUUUAUUUUACUAUCCUUGUGGGGACCAGAAGUCCUCACAAGGAUAGUAAAACAAGGAAAAUUCGGACAAGUGGCGACAUUCCACCGGUCCCCACAAGGAAAAAGGCUGAUUUAGAGGUUAGGGUUAGAAUUAGGGUUUGGAGUAAGGGUUAGGUUUAGAGUUAAGGUUUAGGGACUCAAUUGUUUGGUCCCCACAAGGAUAGUAAAACAAACGUGUGUGUGAAAUUCAUAGUGCAGUGGAGAGAGCAGGGCAACAUGACAUGACUUUGGAUGCAGUCUCUCCUGGAGUUCCAGUCACCUAACAGAAUACUGCACACAAAUAAUAGCUAUAAGCUACAGACUUUCUGUAUCUCAUCUGCUGCUGUACACUGUGGCCAGUUUAUUAGGUACAACCAUUUAGUACUGGGUCGGACACCCCUUUGCCUCUAGAACAGCCUGAAUUCUUCGGGGCAUGGAAACUUCGCUCAACUGUUACCGUUGACACCAAGCAGGAUUGGGCCAUGGACUCAUACUGUUUACGCCAAAUCCUGACACAACAGGAACUGUGAUUUGUCAGAUCAGGCUAUGUUUCUCCACUCAAUUGUCCAGUGUUGGUGAUUGCGUACCCACUGGAGACGCUUCUUCAUGUUUUUAGCUGAUAGGAGUGAAAUCCGGUGUGGUGGUCUGCUGCAAUAGCCCAUCCGUGACAAGGACUGACAAGUUGUACCGUUCUUUUCCUGUUUGUGACCCACCUGUUAGCUUGCACGAUUCUUGUCAUUCUCCUUCGACCUUUCAUCAACGAGCUGUUUUCACCCAUAUGACUGCUGCUAACUGGAUGUUUUUUGUUUGUCGCACCAUUCUCGGUAAACCCUAGACACUGGCCGGCCGUUUCUGAGAUACUGGAACCGGGGCGCCUGGCACCGACGAUCACGCCACGCUCAAAGUCGCUUAUGUCACUCGUUUUGCCAAUUCAACCGUUCAAUCGAACAGUAACUGAGUGCCUCGAUGCCUGUCUGCCUGCUUUAUAUAGCAAGCCACGGCCAGGUGACUCACUGUCUGUAGGAGCGAACCAUUUUCAUGAACAGGGUGGUGUACCUAAUACACAUACAGUAAUCUAAAUAUAUUGUGGCCUUCAGUUAUUCUUCAAACUUGGAGUUUUGUUAGUUAAACGGUUGUGUUACAAUCAAUAUGUUAUGUUAUAUGCAUUCGGUGUAUGAUUUGCCUACUUUUUCUGACUUUCAAUCAGAAAUAUGGCUGUAUAAUAACCAAACAUAAUGUAAUAGCUCAUUUAUGCAAUGGUGAGAUUGGCUAAAUACAGUUGGCCCUAUUGGAUAUAUACUCUCAUUUUGAGAAUGGGGUCAAAAUGAACUUGUUUUUUGUAAUAUUUCAUUGGCAGUUAGUGAAAGAUAAUACCACGUCACUCAUCGUUGAAAACCAAUUACUAAACAGACAUGGUAACUUUGUGAAAAUAACAGUUGACUUUGAGAAAAUUCCCCCAGCACACAGACAAGUAAAUACUAAUCUGACGUACUGUAGAGCAUAUGGACAUACUGCCAUGCGCCUUGGGAAUAUAGCAACGUUUUGCAAGUGCCUCUAGAAAUGUUUUUAUUUUUUGGACAUAACUAUUUAUUUAUUGUUCUUUUAAAAAUCAUAAGCACAUAUUAAAGUAUUUAGCAUUAUUUUUUGUUGCAUCUGUCAAAAGUGUAAAGGGCAAAAGCUAUUUCUGUGAAAAACAAUUAGAAAUUGUUAUUUUUUGUGUAGAUGUGCUAAGAGACAUCUUGACUUCAGCGCUAUAAUUUAUUUGAAUUUUCUUCCAUCCCACUCGUUCAUCGUGGGUUGCUUACACUCAGAUAGCUUAUUGAUCUCGACUGCUGUCAAUGUGUCCCUGUAGGAGGGCAAAGUUAUACUACGUAUCAUUAUUUCAUUGCGGCACUGUAAGUUGUCAGGAAUCCAACUCAACUCACAAAGUUGAUGAUUUCCUGGUUUACCUUGCAGAAUAGUACAUUAAUAUUUAAACACAUGGUUUUGUUUUUGCUUUUAAGUUAUUGGUUUCAUCCAGACUAUUUCCUCUGAGUUCUGGUUUUAAAGGAGCAACUUUGUUGGAUGUGCAUGUCUUCGUGAUGACUAAUACCUUUGCAGAGUAAACAACCUAUUGUAUCCUUAUUUAUUAGUAAACAGGAAGUAGUCGAUACUGUUGCAUCAGGAUAAUUUAUAACCACUGUAUUGUUUCUCUGUGUUGAGUUUCCCCUAUAUUUAGUUUUGUUGAUAUUUGUUAGACAUCCACUAUAUAAACAAAAGUAUGCGGACACCCCUACUAAUUAGUGGAUUCGGCUAUUUCAGCCACACUCGUUGCUGACAGGUGUAUAAAAUCGAGCACACAGCAUUUGUCUCCAUACAAACAUUGGCAGUAGAAUGGCCUUUACUGAAGAGCUUAGUGACUUUCAAUGUGGCACCGUCAUAGGAUGCCAUCUUUCCAACAAGUCAGUUUGUCAAAUUUUGGCGCUGCUAGAGCUGCCCCGGUAAACUGUAAGUGCUGUUUUUGUGAAGUGGAAAUGUCUCGGAGCAACAACAGCUCAGCUGCGAAUUGGUAGGCCACACAAGCUCACAGAAAGUUGCCACCGGGUGCUGAAGAACGUAGCGCAUAAAAAUCAUCUGUCCUCAGUUGCAACACUCAUUACCGAGUUCCAAACUGCCUCUGGAAGCAAUGUCAACACAAUAACUGUUCAUCGGGAGCUUCAUGAAAUGGGUUUCCAUGGCUGAGCAGCCGCACACAAGCCUAAGAUCACCAUGCGCAAUGCGUCCAUUGGAGUGGUGUAAAGCUCACUGCCAUUGGACUCUGGAGCAGUGGAAAUGCAGUCUCUGGAGUGCUGAAUCACGCUUCACCAUCUGGCAGCCCAACGGACGAAUCUGGGUUUGGCGUAUGCCAUGAGAAUGCUACCUGCCAACUGUAAUGCAGCCAACUGUAAAGUUUGGUGGAGGAGGAAUAAUGGUCUGGAGCUGUUUUUCAUAGUUCGGGCUCGACCCCUUAAUUCCAGUUAAGGGAAAUCUUAACGCUACAGCAUACAAUGACAUUCUAGACAAUUCUGUGCGUACAACUUUGUUGCAACCGUUUGGGGAAGUCCCUUUCCUGUUUCAGCAUGUCAAUGCCCCUGUGCAUAAAGCGAGGCCCAUACAGAAAUGGUUUGUUGAGAUCGUUGUGGAAGAACUUGACUGGCCUGCACAGAGCCCUGACCUCAACCCCAUUGAACACAUUUGGGAUGAAUUGGAACGCUGACUGCAGGCCUAAUCGCCCAACAUCAGUGCCCGACCUCACUAAUGCUCUUGUGGCUGAAUGGAAGCAAGUCCCCGCAGCAAUGUUCCAACAUCUAGUGGAAAUCCUUCCCAGGAGAAUGGAGCUUGUUAUAGCAGCAAAGGGGGGCCAACUCCAUAUUAAUGCCAAUGAUUUUGGAAUGAGAUGUUAGACAAGCAGGUGUCCACAUACUUUUGAACAUGUAGCGUAAGUAACCAUUGAAUUUCAAUAACUUAACAACAGUGUUGUGGUUCUUUAAUUAUGUGUCCAAAUGCCCAGUGUUUAGGUUAGUUGGGUCUCAAGAUAGCAAGUGCCAAGGGUCACAUUUAAGAUGGCUUUGGUUAAUUGACAAAACUGUUUUGUAAAUGUGCUGGGGUGUAUAAGACUUAAUCAGGGAUCUAUUCACAUUGGUCCUAUUUGCUGAGGACUGUAUGAUUAUGAAUCUGCUAUUAUGUCCUCAGUUUUAAUUGAUGCUCCAAAUGUGUUGUUCUUUGUGUUUUCAGCCUUCAUAAAAAUCAUAUAAUAUUAUUUUGAUUAUAAAUCCCUCAGCUUGGGUAUUGUGCAGUCAACAAAUAGAUUUUUUUUAAUACAAAAUAAAUGUACUGCAUU